UGCCGCAUGAUUAUCUUGGACAAGUUUUUAUCUCCACUCUUGCAACACUCCUCAACUGCCACUCCGUUGACGGAGUAGUAAUCAUUUAGUAUCGUAUGCAAUCCGACGAUCUCCCAUGGCCAGAACUUGGCAACGUCUCCCGUGGCGCAACCCGGGGCAAUCAAGGUCAAAAAGGUGCCUUGGGCCCUCCUGAUGCUGAAGGUCGCUGUGUGCUCCAGCUACGAGUUCAACCCGGCGUGCUGGCAGUGAAGCUCAACAGACGUUCAAGCGAUUGGUAUCGAACCCUCGAUAAUGAAGUCAACCGUGCCCUGAAGUUAACAAAGACGUACUGGAGGAAAGCAAGAAGACGUCAGGACUAUGACGCUCGCGCAGACCAAGACCACAUGGAAUUGCAUGAGUGGUUGCAGCAGCUCAAGGACAAGACAAUGUCACAUUUAGAGGUCCUCAUGCAGAAAGGCGACAUUCAAGGCCCCCCAUAUGUGAUGCCCGACGAGAUCGAGCUCGCCUUCCUGAGGAAGUUCAUUGAGCGACACAACGCAGGUAUCCCGCAUAACCCCCGCUUGCGACAUCUUGGUGUCAACGCACCGCAACUUCCACACAUCGACGACUCCAUGGAGCUCUCAACACCUGAGCUUUCCGAAGGAAGUUAUCCGCCCUCCAGUUUAGUGGAUCAUAUCGCUCGAUUGCAGCCAGAAAACGGUUCGAAUGUUUCAAGUCCAAACUAUGUGCAAUCACCAGGCACAUCUCGCCCACAUAUUAUUCGAACAUGCUCAUCGCCUUCAACAGCACCGUAUGAGCAGCUCUUACAAGAUGCGCAGUCAUCUGGUCAAUACCUUCAGGAAGCGCGGGUAACACUCGCACGCGCGCAGUCGCAAACACAGGACGCAUUUCAACGGUAUACUGCUUGUCUGGAAGCUGAAGCCCGUGCUAGGCGGGAUGUCAACACCGCUGAACAGCAUCGCGACGAACUCAUGACGGUUCUUCUAUCUAGAACUCAGAGUUCAGCAGGUAACACUUGCUUAUUUGGAACAUUCAUUUUUUACGUGCUGACAGUUUUACUUUCUCUUCAAGAUUACUCGCGGCAGUCAUCAUUACCUCAUGAUGAUUCUUCUAGUCAGCAAGAACACCCAUAUUCGUCUCACCAUCUAGUCGACAGGAGACCCUCAGCAGACAUGGUACCAUCACAAAAUAGUCCCAGAGUUGACUGGCGUCAGCCAGAUAUGACGGGGUCAUUCGCUGGGGCCCUCGAAGCAAUCCCACAAUCAGAGAUGCGAUCAUCAAGAGAUCCAUCCUACAGGCCAGAGCGCAAGCACUCGCGGAGUUGGGAGGAGGGUGGUCAGGUUGACGUACAUAACUUUCAGGAUUCAAAUCUACCCCCACGCAAACGUUUGCAUCACAUAGUAGAUCCGUGUGGUCACAGCGCACCUUUGAUAUCUCAGGCCAUAGCACUGCCUCUAUGACUCUGAGAUGGCAGGUCGCCCAUCGGCGUUCAAAAAAUCGCCGACGGUGCGACUUUCCACUUUUCAGGACAUUCUGUCACCUCACCCUGAUUGUCGUGCAUAUUACCAUCUCUUCCUAGUUGGGAGGAUGGUCAGCAUAUUUUUGUUCUCCCGGACAUUAUAUACCAUCUCAUUCUCACCAUCGCUUUCUGGUCAACUGUGCUACUACUGAUUGUAUUUGGAGUUCUGUAUUACACCGCUAUGUCAUUGAUUCGUCGUUCUAGAUUACCACAAGAUCUC